UCAACACCACGUUUUCUUGUUGAGAAAUUCACAACGACUGAUUGCGUAAUGCGGAUCAAGAAUGGCGAUGAAGGGCAUGGAGAAGAACGAGUUGUGGGGUGGGAGGUAAUGGAUUCGAAAUCGCUCUCGGCAAAAAUUUUUAAUUUGACAGCGAUGCUCGUCUUGCGAUCUGACCUGGAAGAGGGCAUCGCGGGGAGCACUGCUCACUUCAGUCCUGACAAUGCUAUGAUAACUUAA